UUUUGUAGUGUAUUUGACGGAUGUCUUAUUGUUAAUUGUUAUUGAUCUUUGGAUUCGGAUCCGUAUUCGAACUGAUGGAAAUAGGACACAAUAUUUUUAUAAAUUAAAAUGGUUUCUUUGAUUAAUACAAUAGAGACAUGUCAUAAUGAGAUGAUUCAUGGCUCUGAACUUGAUUAUUACUGCCUUUAUUUAGCUACGUGUGCAUCAGAUAAUGCAGUAAAAAUAUUUGAUAUAAAAAACGAAGAGCAUGUUCUCGUAGCGGAAUUAAUGGGACACAGGGGUCCGGUUUGGGAAGUUUCUUGGGCACAUCCCAAAUUUGGAAAUGUAUUGGCAUCGUGUUCAUAUGAUCGCAAAGUUAUAGUCUGGAAGAAAACUGGAUCUGCGUGGCGGAAAUCAUAUGAGUACAGCAGCGAAUCAUCUAUAAAUUCCAUUUCCUGGGCACCACAUGAAUAUGGCAUGGUUUUGGCUUGUGCAAGUUCUGAUGGGUCCAUUUCGUUUUUGAAUUUCAAUCCUGAGCACGGUUCGUGGGACUCCGAAAAAAUUCCGAACGCACAUGCCAUUGGGUGCAAUAGCGUGUCAUGGUACCCGUCAUUUGCCUCAAUGGGUACACUGAAGCAAUCCACGAAGCGUCUUGCUAGUGGAGGUUGCGAUAACUUUGUUAAAAUUUGGAUUGAAAGAAAUGGCCGCUGGUUUGAGGAAACUCGUUUGGAAGCGCAUUCGGAUUGGGUAAGGCAUGUUGAAUGGGCUCCUUCUUAUGGAGGAUGCAAAACACAAAUAGCGUCUGCUUCUCAGGAUCGUCAUGUUAUUAUUUGGAGAAGUGACAACAUGAUUUCAUGGACAUCAAUUACUCUUAACGUUUUUGAUGAUGUCGUUUGGAGUGUAAGUUGGUCCCUGACUGGAAAGAUGUUGGCAGUAACCGGCGCUGAUAGCAAAAUAUCUGUGUGGAAAGAAAACAGCGAUCACUACUGGAGUUGUGUAACUGAUUGAAGUACAAUUACCUUUAGUUAUGAUUGUCAAAACCAAGUAUUGAAAAAUAAAAUAAUGCGAAGUUUCACUCAA